AUUUAUAAUUGCAAUUAGGUAGUGACAACAUCUGGUAAAUAAAAACUAGAAGUAUACUUUAUGUUUUCAAUAUCUUGCAAACAAAAUGAAAUUACUUGUAACACUAUUUGUCAUCUUGGUUAUUGCAAAAGAGUCAACAACUACCACAUCUAAGACUCAGACGACGGGGACAAGCUCUACUGCAAAUGAAUCUGAGACAACUCCCACGAAAUCAACGUCUUUUCCACCCACUAGCUCUGAAUCAACUACAAGUCCAUCUACCGAUUUUAAGCCACAUACCACUACUUCCGAGACCACUACCAUUACCACUACGACUACAACUAGCAAGCCAACUACGACUAUAUCUACUACUCCUAAACCAACUACAACUACAACUACGACUACAACCACUACUUCCAGACCAACUACGACUAAAACUACAACUUCCACGCCAACUACAACUACAACUACUACUCCUAAGCCAACUACGACUACAACUAUAACUUCUAAGUCAACUACGACUACAACUAGAGCUCCUAAGACAACUACGACUACAAUUACAACUCCUAAGACAACUACGACUACAAUUACAACUUCUAAGCCAACUACGACUACAAUUACAACUCCUAAGACAACUACGACUACGACUUCUAAGCCAACUACGACUACGACUUCUAAGCCAACUACGACUACAACUACGACUAGAACCACUACUUCCAGGCCAACUACGACUAAAACUACAACUUCUAAGCCAACUACAACUUCUAAGCCAACUACAACUUCUAAGCCAACUACAACUUCUAAGCCAACUACGACUACAACCACUACUUCCAGGCCAACUACGACUAAAACUACAACUUCUAAGCCAAUUACAACUUCUAAGCCAACCACAACUUCUAAGCCAACUACGACUACAACCACUACUUCCAGGCCAACUACGACUAAAACUACAACUUCUAAGCCAAUUACAACUUCUAAGCCAACCACAACUUCUAAGCCAACUACGACUACAACCACUACUUCCAGGCCAACUACGACUAAAACUACAACUUCUAAGCCAACUACAACUUCUAAGCCAACUACAACUACUACUCCUAAGCCAACUACAACUACGACUUCUAAGUCAACUACGACUACAACUACAACUACAACUUCUAAGCCAACUACGAGUACAACUACAACUCCUAAGACAACUACGACUACAACUACUACCUCGAAACCAACCACGGGUAUAACAGAAGCGACCACAGUUAGUCACGCUGUAAGUACAAGCAAACUGUCAACUCUAUUAAUUCUGUUUGCUACUUCCAUCAUAUGGGGUAUAAUAUAGUUAAACAUUAGUAUAAAGGUGAAAAUGAGUACUAGGCUUUAUUGUAAAUAUUUAUAUUUUUUUAUAUCGGUAGUUAGCAAUAAAUAAAACUAUGUAUUUUGUA